GUCAGAGACUGCGACCUGAAACAAACGGCUCGGAGACUGCGCUGCUGAAGUGUCGACACGAUGAGUCUCGCCGCCGCCGCUGCCCGGUGUGUACCGGGCGCCACUCGGAUGCCGCUGCUGGUGUUGACGGUGGUGGCGCUGUCAGCCCGGCCAGCGCACGCCGGCGACAUCCUCUCCCUGAUCCCGUCCAACUGCACACACAACACCACCGACGUAGGCGAGGCCUACUUCUGCUCGUGCCUCGAGGAGAGCGGGGUGACGUUCGAGAGCAGCGUCACCGAGCAGGUGCUGCGCAGUCGCACCGCGCUGGUGCACGCCUACAACUGCACCAUGUACUACACCACCUUCAUGCGGCUGGAGGCCAAGUUUCCGCUCUACUACUCGUACCCGUACCGCGCCGUGGGGGCAUUCUUUCAGGGCACCGUCUUCCUAGUCGGCUUCCUGGGCAACCUGCUGGUGGUGGUGGUGGUACGCCGGUCGCGCGCCAUGCACACCCCCACCAACUGCUACCUGGUCAGCCUGGCAGUGGCGGACAUCACGGUACUCAUCGCCGCAGUACCCAACGAGGUCUUCAUGUACUUCCUGGUGGCGCAGGCCUGGAUCUGGGGCAACGCCGGCUGUGCCAUCCUCAUCUUUCUGCAGAACAUGGGCAUCAACGCGUCCGCGCUGAGCGUGACGGCGUUCACGGUGGAGCGCUUCAUUGCCAUCUGCCUGCCGCUGAAGGCGCGCACCAUCUGUACCGUCAGCCGCGCCAAGCGCAUCAUCCUGGCUGUGUGGGUGUUCGCCUUCCUCUACUGCAUCCCCUGGAUGUUCCUCACCAAGGUCAGCCCCGUCCGCUACAUCGGCGUCAGCGACGUGCAGCAGUGCACCUUCAAGCUGUCCCGCCAGGCCUACCUGGGCUACUUCUUCGCCGACAUCGUGCUGUUCUACGUGGUUCCUCUGCUCAUCAGUAGCGUGCUGUACACCAUGAUUGCCGUGGUGGUCUUCCGACCGCCCCAGGCGCUCAAACAGAUGGGCUCCUCGACCACCGGCGGCGCGCAGGACGCCGGCGGCAGCAACAGCGGCAGAGCGCAGGUGAUCAAGAUGCUGCUCACUGUGGUGUCCCUAUUCGCGCUGCUCUGGCUGCCCUACCGGAGCUACCUGGUCUACAACUCCUUCGCCCAGACGGACGAAGACAAGUACAUGGACCUGUGGUUCCUCAUGUUCGCCAAAACAUGCGUCUACAUCAACAGCGCGAUCAAUCCGAUCCUGUACAACGCCAUGUCGGCCAAGUUCCGCCGCGCGUUCCGACAGGCCUUCCGCAGACUCUGCUGUAAGCCACCGCUGCGCUACGACGGAGUAGAGAUGACCACCGUUCCCCGACAAGCCACCCGAACCACGAGGCGUCGCGGUCUCGGAACCACAGAGGGCAUCUGAGGCACCCGAGGCCGGCCGGAGCCUCAGCCAAUCAGAGCGCGACCCUCCAAGGUCACGCGCUCACGUGACUCUCCGCCGCGGGCGAACUGUGUCACUGUUCGGUGUUAUAUGGGCGCUUUGACGUUCGAUGUGUUGGCAAGUGUUGAUGGUGCUGGCGUAAGGAACUAUACUAAAAUAGUGUUCGGUACAUGUUACUCCAUAGCUUAUACGGCGAUCCAUUUCUAUUGGUACAACUUCUAAGGGUUGUACUUAGGUACUGGUGUGCGGGUGGGACUGUCACCUCUGUAUGUCCUGCUCAAAGUGAUUGAUGUGCGAUGCCCUGCUUCUUUGUGUUUUUAAUUGGAACCGAGGUGUAAAAUUAACUUCGAAAUACGUGUACAGUUGUGCGCAUCAGUUUUGAAACCCAUCGCGCCCAACUCUCUUUGUUCGCAGUUGUUACGAAACGGACACUAACAUGUUAUGCGAUUGAAGUGCUCCACUUUUCAUGUAAAAUGUUACACCUCAUGACACCACAACGUGAAAGAGGCUGAGCACCGAACUUGCAAAGCCAAAACAGUCAGAGAGCACAUACAUUCUAGCAUAUUUGUGUGUACGUGUGUGUAUGCAUGCGUACGAGUAUGCUCGUACUUGUAUGCUCUUAUAUGUAGGCAUAAAGUUGAAAGAAAGAGACUCAUUUUCCAAUGAGCCCAGAAAAUGUUUUUGUAUUGUUCUCAUGGUCUCCUCAACCCAGCUAUCUGACGGAAAGCGUAUCCUGGCUAUUUAUAAGGAAAUUAAUGAAAUAAAUGAUCAACAAUAAA